AUGCCUUUCAAACUUCCCACGAUUUCGACCAAAAAUUCUAUGCCUCUUUUCUCUGUUGGGAAAAAUAUUCCCACCUUUCGCUGGGACAAAAUAGCAGAGGAAAGAACGCUUGGAGAGGGCUCAUUUGGGAUGGUAAUUUUAGCGAAGAGUGCAAACCCAAAGGAAGACGGCCACGUGGUAAUAAAAAAAUUAAAAGGUUCAGGAACAAAAGAUGAGCGUCUGCGUCACCUUUUUAUUAAGGAGGCGAUCAUUCUGCAUGGGCUUGAUAAUCCUAACAUUGUUAAAGUUCCGAUCACGGGGCUUUGUUUGGAGCCUUGUUCAAUAAUGCUGGAAUAUUUAUGCUUUAGCUUUGAACCAUUUGGUGGCGAAGGUACUGUGUUAUCUCUCGAUUCUUAUUUACACUACAUUGAUGAUUACGGCUUAAUCGACGACUUUCCCCUGCAAUUAAAGAUUGCGCAGGACAUAGCAUAUGGGCUGCAGUUUCUUCACAGUAAUGGUGUAACUCAUCGAGAUCUCAAACCUGCAAAUGUGCUUGUGUCGAAUAUCCAUUACUCAACACUACAUGAGAGUGAAAGACAGAAAGUUUUCAAAGAGAAUCCCAUUAUCUGCAAACUAACAGACUUUGGAGAAAGCCGGAGUAAGGUUGUUCAAACUGGCACCAUCUGCCAUGCAGGUACAUCCAAUGUCACACGUGGUUCUCCAGUCUAUAUGGCACCUGAAAUUUUUACCAUGUAUUCUGGCUUUUUAGCCUCUUCAAAGGUUUUGGAAGCUGUUGUUAUGUGGGCAAUGGGCAUGACUUUUUUAUGCUGCUGAAUCCUGACUUAAAGUAUCCAUACGAUAUUGACAUUAGUUCCAAGAGAAAAGAUUGGCAAGAAGUUAUCAGAGAAAUGAUGCACAUGGAGAAAGCUCCUUCGCAGAGCGGGCGGUAUCAAACUUUACAGGCACGUUCAAGCACAUUUUAUAAUUUGCACUAUGUAAUUUAAUAGUUACAAUAGUUCCUCUAUUGUAGUCCCCCCUGAAUCAUAUUACUUUUAGCCUGCAAGGGGAUCAUGGGGCUUAUUAGUGAAAAGAGAUUCAAUAGAGGGAGGGCUGUUAAUAUGUAAAGAAAAUAUGGUAAUUUAAAUUAGUGGUGGACACUUCACAAAAUAUUGGGGGGGGGGGGCAAAAUUGGUUGGGUAGCGGUGUUUCCAUCUUUAAAGAAAAUAUUUAUUGUGUUUCCACUUUUUGAAAUCAAACCACAAAAUUUCCUUUUUAAAAAAUACUGUUUUAAAUGGACCAUUCCCCAAUUAAAAAAAAAUUUAGACAAAAUUCUGUCAUAGAAUGAAAGAGCAUCACCAAAUUAGUAAUAUUCUAAAGUUUUGUAGCGAAAUGUUGUAAAAUGUGAAUAAUACAGUAUAGCCUUGCGAAGUUUGUAAUAUUCAGUUAUUUUGUAUUAUGCACCUAUCAAUGUAAAUCAUGUGUGUGGGGGCCAUGACUAGGGAGGGGAUUUGACAAAAAUACGAGAAAUGUAAUCAAAUGCCCGCACGGGGGAGAAUAUUCCGGUCAAAUAAAGGUAACUUUCCCCACCCAAGGGAGAAGAGCUACAUAUUUUAAGCUUCUUAAAAACACCAAUUUACUGUACAAACAUCGAGCAAAACAGGGGAGAAUCAUUUUUAAUAGUAUGAAUUUGACAUGAACAUAAAGGUCCGUUCACACUAGAGGCGAUGCUAUAACGCGAUGCUAUUUUCUGAUUUUCAUAAACAGAUAACUUUGAUCCUGGUUUAAAUUUAAACUUGCCUUUCAUACAAUUACGUAAAAACCACUGUAAAAAGCUUUGCAAAACAGCACUUUCGAUCUCGCUUUCGACUACAUUCAAAUGAGCAUGGUGGAUUUAAAAUUUACACAUCACUGCUCAUGCACAUUAAUAAGUUCAACCUGCGAGCAGGCUGGGCGGAAUUCAAAGCGCCCCAUCCUGGGGACAGGCAAGAUAGAAAACGUCCCAGGGAGGGGAUGAGUUUUGUCAUCAUACCCCCUUUACUGUCCCUGCCUCCACCUCCCCCCCCCUCCCGUCACUGGGUUUACAUUGAUAUGUGCAUAAUACACACAGAAGUGGUAAUCAUUUCCUGUUUGUAAUCUAAAAUGACUGAAAAUUGCAAACUUUGCAAGGCUAUAUAAUCUGCAUUUUACAACAUUUUGCAAUAAAACUCUGGAAUGUUACUAAUUUUGUGAUGCUCCUUCAAGGUGUGAUGAAAUUUUUGCCCAGACUUGUUGAGUUCAAAAUUUUGGUCAAUUGGGGAUUGGUUCGUUGAGAAAAUAAAUACAAAAACAUUAUAGAAAAAUUAUGUACACAAAGAGGAAUAAAAUGAAAGUGAACAGUAGCCAAAGCAGCUGAAAGAAAACAAGAGGAUAAAUAAAGACUAAUUAAAAUAAAUGAUUUGCAUUAUUUAUAUUUUAUAGGCAACAGACUGGCCCAUAGUUUAUGAUGCAUUUGAGCAGUGUGUAAGAUUUAAACCAUCGGAGAGGCCUGGUGCUAAAGAUAUCUGUCAACUUCUGGAACAAAAAGAUUUCAGCCAUCCCUGCCAAGAUAUUCCUCUAAGAGUCAGCCAGUCAACUGCUAUAACCGCACUUGAUGCUGCUGCAGUUAAAUGUAAUGCUCAGUUACAUUGUGACAACAUCAUUGAAAAUGAUGCUUCAAAUAGCUGUGCAUUUUUAUGCAUUAUCACAGCUGAUAUGCUUUUAUCACGUGUCAAUGAUUUGUCAACAUGCAGUUGUGAAGUGAUAUUGACUUCACCAAAAACAUUCAAUCACAUCCGCGACAUGAGAAAAUGGUAUGAUGUUUUAGAGGAAUACAAGCUACUGAAAACAGCAGGUAUCAUCGAUGCUACAUAUGAGUUUUCUGAGGAAAUUCUAGCAGGUGAUAAGGUCUAUUCUUCAGCUGGAAGAAAUGCACUUGUCAAGGCUGUCAGAACACUCAGUACAAUUGAUGAUACAGCACGGGUAGCCAUUUACACAAGUGGACCCUACAUCUUUCUCAUCGGAUGCAAGUCCGGGAACUUUUUUGUGAUUGACACUCACCCAAUAUGCACUGAACUUGGAGGUAAUGGAAAUGGCAUUUUAAAGAUUUUCCCUUGUACUGAUAAUAAUACUCCAAAAAGGCUCUGCUCUUGGGUAUGGAAAAGAUUAAAGUAUAGUGGAGUUACCAGUGAAUAA